AUCGGGAGUGAUCUGGGUGCAGAGACUUGAAAAUUACGAUAUUCUGCCUGUGAUUUUAGACAAAUCUCUGCCCGGUACAUUGCGGGACACGUUUGCGUGCCGAAGGCUUGCGGCACCAGAUCAAGAUGGGAAGUCCUACUCUUGGUUUCGUGGGGAGACUGCUAUUUUCAUUUCUCUUCUUAUCAAGCGGAGCACAAAAGCUGCAAAGCUUCAACCUGGCCACGGGGGGACCAGUCAUGAGCCUUCUGGCACCAAAGAUGGACAUUUUCCUGAGCCACAUCAAGGAUUUUACCGGUAUUUCUGUGCCGCUUGAGAAGGAACACUACGUCCUGCUUCUGGGCGCAGCAGUCUUCCUUGAGAUUGUGGGAGGGACUCUGUUCCUGCUGAACUACAAUGUCGGUGCCAUGUUCCUGCUCCUCUUUACAGUGUCAGUGACGCCUGUGAUCCACAACUUUUGGGACAUCAAGGAUCAGAAUGCACAGCUUGUGGAGCUCAUCAUGUUCUUCAAGAACAUCGCCUUGAUAGGUGCUCUGCUGUUUUUCUUGGGCCGGGACAAGCCAAGGAAAGCGCGCGCAGCUUAAUGACAGAUCAGCACAUGCACCUGAAAUGAUGUAUGAUUGGCUCUGUGGAUGCUGUCAUGGAUGCAUCCAUGGCCAUGGGUACCCAGUAUCUCUCAAGAUUGUGCAAGAAAGGGGUUGAACUGAGACAAUCGCAUGCACUACAUUGUUACUGAAGUUCGCUACAAGAUUGUCUGCCACCAUACUUAUAUGACCAUGCAUGUAUGGUCCAGUACAUUAUUGAGGAUUGUCUGAACCGGGCUGUACAGUGAUCCAACCACACUGUUUUAUUGCCACCAAAACAUUCAGUGCAAGCAGAUAUCUGCAC